AUGGCCGACAAUUUCUUCGACACGACCGCCGACGUCGGCAGCGAGGAAGAAGAUGAGGAUUUCGAUGAGGAGACGGGCGAGGCCAGACCGUCAAAGAAGAAGGCCGCAAAUGGCAUGGACAUGGAUGAUUCUAGCGAGGAAGAGGAAGACGAUGACGAGGAAGCCGAGCGCGAAGUCCGCGAGGGCUUCAUCGUAGACGAGGAUGAAGAUGAGGAUGAGGCUGCGAAGGAGAAGCGCAGAGAGAAGAAGCGAAAACGCGAAGAGAGGCGGCAGAGGCAUGAAGAGGAAGAAGAGCUGGAUCUUGACGAUCUCGAUCUCAUUGGAGCGACAGUGCCGGAGGAUCAGCGACAUCCAGAGCAGAACAAGUUCAAGCGGUUGAAGCGCGGGCAUCGAGAUGAUCGCGGGCCAAGCGAGCCUCGAGGGCUGGACGACAUGUUCGACGAUGAAGAGGAGGGCGAGGGAGCAGGAGUCAGUCGACGACCUGGUUUUGGCCAAUACGAUGAUGAGAUGGACGGUUUCAUCGAAGAGGAUGACUUCCCAGACGAGGACGGCGAGGGCAUGGACGAAGAUCUUGGCGUUCGUGCUCCUCGCAGAGCAGGCAUUCCAGACAUUCAGAACUUGAAGAAUUCUGGGUUGGGCGAGCUCGAAAUGGAAGACAUGCAAGGCGCUUUUGGCGAUGGCGAGGAAUACACGUGGGCCUUGGUCAUGGAACAAGACAACAACGACGAGCAGUUCGACCCCAACAAGCCUCUGGAGCUGAAGGAUGUCUUCGAACCGUCGCAGCUGGAAGAGCGCAUGCUUACGGACAAGGACAAUCAAAUUCGGCUCACAGAUGUCCCUGAGCGAUUCCAGACUGCUCGCCAGGCUUACAAGGACUUGUCUGAGCUUCCAGCCGAAAAGCUUGCAGAGCGAAUUGGCGAAGAAGCGACCUGGGUCACCUCUAUUCUGUUUCCACGCAAACGCAUGGAACCUCGUUUACGAGAGCCAUUCGAAGCAGCUGUGAGGCAGGUGCUGCAUUUCAUGAACGUGGGCGACUACGAGCCUGCCUUUAUUUUCCAGAACCGCAAAGACUACCUCAUCCACUCGGAGCGAGUGCCAUCGAACGACCCUGAUGGACCAGAGUUCACGAUCAAGGCCGAGAAGCUUCUCAACCAGUCCGACCUGUGGGACGUCUUCGAACAAGAUCUGAAAUACCGGGCGUUCGAGGAGAGACGUGAGGCAAUCAGACACAGUGUCGGCCUCGUUAAGGAGCUCGAGACGGACUUCAACGAUACAGUCUUUGACGACUUGAUCCCCGAAGCCGCGCAGUUGGAUGAUCUACAAGACAUUCAAGAUUAUCUCCACUUCCAGUAUUCGUUACAGCUGAAAGACCUGACCAUUUCGAAAGCCAUCGGUAAUGGCAAGCAGAAGAAGGCUCAGGGGCAGCGAAGUCUUUGGGACAAGGUCCGGUCAAGCCCAGCGUAUCAUCUUGUUCGCGCUUUUGGAAUCACGGCCGACGGGGUAGCACAGAACGCAGACAAGACCGGCCGACGAGUCUAUACGGAAGACCCAGACAAGCAGCCUGAAGAUAUCGCAGAUACCUUGACCCGCGACCCAGACAUGCCGACAUCCAAAGAGGUCAUGAGUGCCGCCAAAGCCAUGUUCGUGGAAGAGAUUGUCAUGAGCCCACGAAUGCGACGACACAUGCGCAAGAUCUACUACGAAAACUUGGUCUUUGACUGCUACCGUACUGAGAAGGGCUUUAAGCAAAUUGCGGAGGACCACCAAUACUACGAGUUCAAGUAUCUUCGCAAUCAAGAAGUGCGGUACUUCUUGGUGGAGCGCCCCGAGCUGUUCCUUCGCAUGCUCAAGGCCGAGUCUGAAGGAUUGGUGGAAGUGCGUGUGAGACUGCAGAAAGAGCGUCGCAUCAGGGAAGAGCUGCAGCGAGCCAUUGAGUCUGACAACUUCUCCGAGGUUGCUGACGCUUGGAACGCACUUCGACGAGAGGUUCUCGAGACUGCACUCAACAAGAUGCACCGCAUCAUAGCUAAAGGUGUCAAAGACAACCUCAAGAACGAGUGUGAGAACAAGAUUGCUGGGUACUGCCGCGACUCCUAUACGCAGAAGCUGGAUCAAGCGCCUUACAAGCCGAAGGGAAUGGAACUCGGUACGUGUGCGCGCGUCCUUGCACUGUCGAACGGAGGCGGAGGCAAAGACGAUGCUAUCUGCUGGGCUUACGUCGAUGAGAACGGUCGCGUACUCGAGAAUGGCAAAUUCAACGACCUGCGACUUGGAAACGAGGACAAAUACAUUCCAGACGGCAAGGAUGUCAAGCCUUUCGUUGAGCUUGUCGAACGCAGACAACCUGAUGUCGUGGCAGUUUCGGGGUGGUCCACCGAAGCUCGUCGCCUCUACACAGACUUGCAGAACAUUAUCGAGAAGAAGGAACUGCACGGAACGCCGUACGAGGAUCAGGAUGAGCGGGAGGUGACCGAUCCAUUGGACGUGAUCAUUCCUCAAGAUGAGGUGGCCAGACUCUACUACAACUCUGAUCGCGCAGCUGCCGACCACCCUGGAGUUGUCCCUCUUACCAGAUACUGCAUUGCUCUUGCACACUACAUGCAGAAUCCUUUGAAGCAGUACGCCGCCUUGAAGGAGAACAUCACUUCUGUCACAUUCGAUCCCAACCAAGGCUUGCUUCCUCAAGACAAGUUGAAGAAGUGCCUGGACACGGCGAUGGUCGACAUCGUCAACCUCGUUGGCGUUGAUGUCAACGAAGCCAUGUCAGACCCGUACACGCAGAACCUCUUGCCUUACGUUGCUGGUUUAGGUGCUCGAAAGGCGGAUCAUCUGGUCAAGGUUAUCGCGUCGAACGGUGGCGAGCUCCUCAAUAGAGCAGACCUUGUUGGUGAUGUCGAGAGCCACAAGAGACCGGGCGUGGGACCGAAGGUCUUCGUCAACUGCGCAAGCUUCCUCUACGUCACUUGGGAGGACGAGCCUGAUGCAAACUACCUCGACAACACCAGGAUACACCCAGAAGACUACGAGAUUGCACGCAAGAUGGCGGCUGAUGCACUUGAAUUCGACGAGGAAGAUAUCCAGGCUGAGGUCACCGAGAAUGGCGAAAAUGCCGUGGUGCGAAAGCUUGUGAAAGACGACCAGACUGACAAGGUUAAUGACUUGGUUCUGGAGCAAUAUGCAGAGCAGCUGGAGAAGAACUUCGGCCAGAGAAAGCGUGCUACCCUGGAGACAAUCCGCGCUGAGCUGCAGAACCCGUACGAGGAGCUGAGGCGCAACUUUGCAUCUCUCACCACCGACGAGCUGUUCACACAACUUACUGGUGACACCAAGGAGACUCUCAAAGAAGGCAUGAUCGUGCCGGUCACCGUCAAGAAGACCUUCCCUGAACACAUCGAGGUGAGGCUGAGCAACGGUGUCGAGGGUGGAAUCGGGUCUUUGGAGUUCCCAGAAGAGAUGACUCGAAACGGUGUCGAGCCCAGACACAUGUGGGCCCAAUGGCAGAUGAUACAGGCCAAGCUUACUUUCAUCGACCGAAAGAAGUUCACUGCGCAACUCACCUUACGGGAGAAUCAACUCAAAGAGCCUUAUCGACCGCAGUAUGAUCGGGGCAUCGAUGAGUGGGACGAAGACCAAGAGGAUCGAGACAAGCAGGCCGCCAAGAAGGCGAUCGAGAACAAGGGUGGACGCCCGCAGAGAGUCAUCAAGCACACCCUCUUCCGCAACUUCAACUCGCACCAGGCUGUCGAAGCCCUCAAGAACCAGUCUCGCGGCGACUGUAUCAUCCGUCCGUCUUCGAAGGGGACUGAUCACCUUGCUGUCACCUGGAAGAUUGCUGACAAUGUGUACCAGCACAUUGAUGUUCUGGAGCUUAACAAGGAGAACGAGUUCAGCGUUGGUAGGAUUUUGAAGGUUGCCAACAAGUACACCUACAGCGAUCUUGACGAAUUGAUCGUGCUGCAUGUUCAAGCGAUGGCCAAGAAGGUGGACGAGAUGACCAACGACGAGCGCUACCAGACAGGGACCAAGGAGCAAACUGAACAAUGGCUUGCUACCUAUACGGAAGCGAACCCGAAGCGAUCCAUGUACGCCUUCUGCAUGGAGCCCAAGCACCCCGGCUACUUCUUCCUCUGCUUCAAGGCCGGUCGGGACGCGCCACACGCUCAUUGGAUGGUCAAGGUCAUUCCACAGGGAUUCGAGCUGAAGGGGAACAAAUACCCCGACAUGCGGGCGUUGAAGAAUGGGUUCAAGCUGCUGUUUGCGAACCAGGGCCCGCAGUCGAACGGCAGGCGCUAG